AUGGUCAACCUGACGCCGUUCAAUAUUGCGGUUCCCGAUUCUCAAAUCGAGCAGCUUCAGCAGAAGCUUGAGUAUGCCACGUUCCCCGAUGAACUCGACGCUGCAGGCUGGGACAUGGGCGUCCCACUAGCAGAGGCAAAGCGACUGGCUACGGUGUGGCGUGAGAAUUUUGACUGGCGGGCCCAAGAGAAGAAGCUGAAUGACCAGCUGAAGCAAUUCAUUCUCCCGGUCUCGGUAGAUGGAUUUGGAGAAUUGGAUAUCCAUCUUGUGUACCAUCGAAGUGAAAACCCCAAUGCCAUUCCUCUGCUAUUCAUUCAUGGCUGGCCUGGUAGUUUCCUAGAAGCUACAAAGCUGAUCCCACUCCUCAUGAAAGAGGAUGGAGGUCCAGACUUCGAUAUUAUAGCACCAUCGCUCCCUAAUUUUGGCUUCUCGAUGGGCGUACAGAAGAAAGGAUUCGGCCUUGCUCAAUACGCCGAGACGCUCCACAAAGUGAUGGUUUCCCUUGAAUACGACGAAUACGGCAAGUUGAUUCAGGGAGGUGACUGGGGAAGUAUGAUCGCCCGCACGAUGUCCCAGUACUACGCGAAGCAUAUCCAGGCCAUACACUUGAACUUCAUCCCCGUCAUUCCACCAUACCCGUGGCGCAGUCCCCUGCGCUUCUUCCAAUCUCUUGUCAGCGUCCCAUUUUCAGCCAAGGACCGCGCAUAUAUCGCUCGGUCCAUGGAUUAUUUGAUGCGUGGAAAUGCGUACAUGAAACAGCAAGAGACUCGACCACAAACGCUCGGAUAUGGGUUACACGACAGUCCUGUCGCAUUAUUGGCGUGGAUCUACGACAAAUUACAUUCUUGGUCAGACAGCUAUUCAUGGACCGAUGAGGAGAUCCUGACGUGGGUGAGCAUCUACUACUUCUCGCGGGCUGGGCCAACUGCGUCCACGAGGAUCUAUUACGAGGCGUCGGCCAAGAGGUCUGCGAACAACAGCACUGCAGAAAACGGCACAGCGGACGGCCAAGAGCCGAAGAACUGGAUGCCACUUGAACAGGUGCUAGCGGCCCAGGCACCUCCGAAUGUGCGUUUUGCCGUAGCACAGUUCAAGGAGGAGCUUGUAAUGUGGCCUAUGGCUUGGUAUCAUUCCAUUGGUAACGUGGUGAAGGAGAAGGAAUUUGAUCGUGGAGGCCAUUUCGCUGCCUUCGAGGUUCCAGAGCUGCUGGCUGGUGAUCUGUACGAGUUCUUUGGCAGAGAUGGAGCGGCUUACGAGGCUGUGCAAGGCAAAGAUGGCUACAGAGCUUCUGGAUGA